AUGUACGGAAGUCACUUUAAGCUUCCUUCAGAAGGAGAUGUCGCCCCUGAAAAUGGUCUUCGUAGGUCUAUCAACACCCUUUCCGUGUUUAUUUCCCCGAAUUCGCGCGGCCAAACAUAUGUUUGUCAAACUCAGGCCACCACUAAAGAGACUCGUGGGACCAGUUUCGACGAAAUUGAGAAUCUUCGUACCGAAGUCAAACGACUCUCCGAUAUUGUGUCCAAGCAAUCCGAUUUGAUAUCAUGCAUUCAGAAGGCCUUAAGCGAGAAGCCCAACGAGGAUAAGUCGGUGGAUAAGUUGGACUUACAAACCGAAUUUAAUCAGCAUAAGAUUGCACUAGCCUGUCUGGAGCGCGAUAAUAUGGCCAUUGAGUCAAUGAUCAAGUGGCUUGAGGGUGAAGUUGCCUCCCUGACAGUAACAGUUGGGCAUCAGUGUAACAAGCUGCUACUUCUUCACAACGCAGUACGAGACCUAUAUCUUGGAGCUGGUGGUGAAGCACAGUCGGAGCGCAGUAGUACGAGUCCUCAGAUGCGCUCGGUCAGUUGCUCGGAGCUGCAGGCCAACUGCGUCUCCCACAGCGUCUCGGAGGGUAAUGACCAGCGAGGGCGAGUGGUGCGCUCCUACACCAGUCGUUUGCCCCCCUCCGGCCACCAGUGCCAAUCCCGGCAUAAUUGGAAACGGCUGCGUCAGAGCUCCUGUCCCAAGAAGUCUGACAGCAGUGGCAAACUCAACAGUCUGAUGGUAUUCCUUAAGUCUCCUAAGAUUUCGCUCCGCCAGGCGUCAUUACGUUCGAAUAAGCUUCGGACAAAUACCUACCCACUCAUCGAAGAUGAGUUCUCCUCGGAGGAUGUGCGUACCAAUCACAAUGCGCGGGCGCCUUCGCUCCUCCUUGACCCAGAUCGCCUUUUAAAAAACCCCCCACCCUCCGUCUCUCGUCCAUGGGCCAUAAGUCAUCUGUUAAACAGACGCAUGGCAGUAGCAUCCUCUGCACGGCGAGUUAUGGUCAGACAGUCUGGCCUCCUAACCGUGGAGCAAAGUCCUCCUCGCGAGGCUGUCAUUGGUGUGCUGUCCGCCUGUCCCUGA